AUGUCCAAACGUUCGCACGAGGCGCACGCUGGGCGUGUGUCGAAGCGUCGGCGAAGCGGCGCGCACCAGCGCCAUACACGCAAGCUGGUACAGGUGCUAGAUAUUCCACAAUGCACUGGCGUGUUCAUGUCGUGUGCGCGUGGUAAAGAGCGCAAAGCUGCCACCGAGCUCGUUGAGCUGAUGGAGGAGCAUGCGCAGCGCAUGUACGCCGACCAUGCGCCACAAGAAGCGAGCUGUACAGAUAUUGAGUCGCAAAUUGAAAAAGAGCUCGCUGAUAUGCGGCGGCCAGCCGAGCCAACGCGCAUCUCAUCGUUGGACACGGACACUGAGUGCCUAUGCUUUAUCCAGUGCUUGCCUCCUGUGGACUCGUUCUCACUCCUAAAGGACGUCCUACGAACGAUGGAGGCAACAGGCGCAUCACGAAGCCGCUAUGUCCAGCGCCUCGUGCCCGUUCGUGUGCUAUGCCGCGCGGACACUGACUCUAUUCGCACUGCCGCGACGGCGGCCUUGGCACCGGCCUUUGCCGACCAGCCACGGACGUACCGUGUCGAACCACGCAUCCGCUCACACACAUCUCUCUCGCGCGAUGUGCUGAUUCCCCUUGUAGCUUCGUGUGUCCCGACGAAUGUUGCACACCGCGUCGAUCUCGCACAUCCCGAUGUCAUUAUCGUGGUCGAGGUGCUGAGGAAUGUGUGCGGUAUCGGGACCGUCGAUGAGUACGAGCGCUUCGGCAAGUGGAAUGUUCAGACACUGGUCGAGCGUCAUAACAACGACAACGUGCGCAGCACAUGA